AUGCUCCCCAGUCUACGCAUAGCAGAUGUCGUACUGCUCCUCCUGAUCACCCAAACCACGCAGGCCGGCCCAUUAAGACGUGGUGAGAGGUAUUUCCGGAGGGAGUGGAACUCAACGUACAGUCAAAGCAUUGCUGCUUCAUCAGACAGUCUUUCACCCUCAUCAGAACCAAGCAGCUCUGUUGCCCCGCCGGUAACACAGCAAGACCAAGAUGGGACCACGCCGACCCCAAUUUUCGUCACCCUCGACGGCUCAUCAACGAGGACCGCGGCCGCAACAACACAGCUCGUAGACCAGAGUCCUUCGACAACACCAGUCGAGUCUACCGUACAGACGCAGACGAUACCGACUACCACUUCGGCGGUAUUUCUGCCUCCUAUGGACAGCACCAUCUCCUUGCCGCCCCAACUCACCUCCGGCUUCAAGAAUGUGUCAUCCGUAGUACCUGGAAACACAGCCUCCGCUUCUGCUAUUAUUUCCGAGAGCCUGACAGUCACUCCUCAUCUCGGAGGAUCUCCCGGUGCUUCCUCUUCCGCUUCCCCGGGUACACCGCUGCAGUCAUCCCUCUCAUUGCCGUUUCCCGUCCCUGGAGGAGAGACCUCGGUAGCAGAGUCUACAACCAUAGCUGUAGCAACUCCUUCGUCUCUCGCUUCCACAACAGCCACCGCAGCAUCAACAACUGCUCCAAACCCCCAAUCCUCACCAGAUACCCCUUCCUCCCUCCCAACAACCACAGCCUCCUCUUCACUCCCUUCAUCAACACUCCAACCCCAAGUCACAGGAACACCAAAUAACCAAGUCCCCACAAUCCGCACCUCCACCCCAGCCGCGACAGCAACAAUCUCCCCCGCCGCGGCAGCCAACAACGUCGCCUCCGCAAAGACAUUCAACGCCCUCUUCGCCUCCCUGACGGAGCAAUCCGCCUGCACGGCCGGCCAGAUCGCCUGCGUGAAAGGCAACGUCGGCAUCUGCGGGACCAACAGCGCGUUCGCGGUACAGAGCUGCGGGGCGGGGACCUCGUGCUUCGCGCUGCCGAUGACGACGACGGAGGGGGUUAUUGUUGGGUGUUAUGAUCCGCAGGUCGCGAGCCGGAUUCUGGGCACGCCGAUUUCCGGGUCUGCGUCUGUACCUGGUUCGACGUUCACGACUACGACAGCGGUCCCGGCGCCGCCGCCGGCCUCUUCUGACCUCGGGUAUGAGAGCACCGUCACGAUCACACCCACCGUCAUCGCAACGUACACCAUCUCGGUAACUGCACCAGGUGCUCCAGGAACGACGUCCGCAGUCCAGGCCCCUGGUUUCACGACGACUGUAUUUGUCACCCAGACCAUGACCCCAGCUCCCGCGCCCUCAUCGACAGCAGCAGAAGGAGAAGACCCAUCCACAACAUCGACUUCCACCCGCAAAACCCGCACCUCAACAGUGGAAGAAGAAACCUCAAAGUCCGGUCACUCCAGCACAACCAAAUCCACCAUCGUAGAAUCAUCCACAACGGAACCCACAACGACGAAAGCAGCGGGCUCGACAACAACCAAAGCAAGCAAUCCCUCAACACUAACCGGGACGUUCACGGACACCCUCAUCGUGAACCCCAUCCCGACGGACGCGCCCUCCGCCGCUGCGGACGCGCCGAGCCCAAUCACGACGCCGAAACCCCUUUCCAUGCCGGCUAAUGGUGCUCAGCAGGGUGUGUCCGUCUUGACGGUAUUUGUGACUGUCACUGAGAAAGAGAAGGAGACUGUCACUGUCACUGUGACCAGGGCAUAA